AUGAAGAGAGAGAGGAGGUGGGUGCCGUUAGACUUACCAGCAACUUCCCAUUCACUCAAACCCAGCACAUCGACGCAUCAAGGCUCAACACUCGGCCUCGGUGGUUUGUUCGACUGCCCAAAUACGUCUCCGAUAGUAAGGGUUGUAGUGACGACAAUCAACGGUGAGAUAGCAAGUGGAACAAGGUUACUCAACGUACAUCUCUUGAAACGGGAAGGAAAGGACUCAAAGGAGCAUAAGGAUUGUAACCUAAUCAUCAUCAUGUCAGAAGACGAAAUUGCGAUAGAAGCAAUAAAGCAUGCUUUGAAGGCUCUUCGGAAGCGGCAUCUGCUGGAGGAGGGAGCUCACGGACCUGCUAUUAUAGCUCUUUCUAAACCUAUUGCUUCUCAGGGUUCAGAAUGGAAGGAUAAAGCAGAAACUCUUGAAUUGGAACUUCAGCAAUGUUACAAAGCUCAAUCUCGAUUAUCCGAGCAGCUUGUGGUGGAAGUGGCCGAAUCUAGGGCUGCAAAAUCCUUAGUCCAGGAGAAAGAAGCCUUAAUUCCUAAUCUUGAAAAUGACCUUUCUCAAGCAAGGGAUGAAUGUUCUCGCUUGGCUGCACUUCUAGAGGAAAAGACUAAAGGCCUAGAAUUGCUUAUGGGUGAGAAUAAGGAACUGAAAUCUCAAUAUGAAGAAAUGAGAACUAGAGCUAUCAAUGCAGAGACUGAAAACAAGACAUUGAUUGAUCGGUGGAUGUUGCAGAAAAUGCAGGAUGCUGAACGCCUUAACGAGGCGAAUGCUUUAUAUGAAGACAUGUUAUGUAAGCUCAAAGCCAAUGGACUCGAACAACUUGCAAGACAACAGAUAGAUGGUAUAGUCCGCCAAAGUGAAGAAGGAGCCGAAUACUACGUGGAGUCCACCAUACCAAACACCUGCAACCACCGGAUCCCCGCCCACGAAGGCGGCUGUGCUUCAAUCCUCUUCGAAAACACUUCCGGAAAAUUACUCACCGGAGGACAAGACCAAACUGUUAAAAUGUGGGACACAACAACCGGUCAACUCACUAAAACCUACCAUGGUUGCAUAGGAUCCAUCCUUGAUCUCACCCUUACAAAUGACAACACAUGUCUAAUAGCAGCAAGCAGCUCCAACAACCUAUACGCAUGGGACACAAAUACGGGUCGUGUUCGCCACACCCUCACAGGUCAUAAAGAUAAAGUAUGCGCUGUUGAUGUCAGCAGAUUCUCCAAUCGCCAUGUUGCCAGCUCAGCGUAUGACCGGACAAUCAAGAUAUGGGAUCUUAACAAAGGGUAUUGUGUCAACACGAUUAUCUUCCCGAGUAAUUGUAAUACUUUGUCUUUCACGCCAGAUGGACAGACGAUUUGUUCGGGACACAUGGACGGGCAUUUAAGGUUGUGGGACAUGAAGAGUGGGAAAUUAUUGAGUGAGGUUGCGGCGCAUUCUCUUGCUGUGACCUCUAUUUCUCUUUCUAGAAAUGGGAAUACGGUGUUGACAAGUGGGAGGGAUAAUUUGCAUAAUUUGUUUGAUACAAGGACUCUUGAAGUAAUGGGGACAUUGAGAGCGAAUGGGAAUAGAGUUGCUUCUAAUUGGAGUAGAUCUUGUAUUAGUGCUGAUGAUAAUUAUGUUGCUGCUGGAUCUGUUGAUGGUGUUGUUCAUGUUUGGUCGAUUUCCAAGGGUAAUAUUGUCAGUACACUUAAGGAGCAUACGGGUUCGGUUUUGUCUUGUUCUUGGAGUGGAAUUGGGAAACCGUUGGCUACAUCGGACAGGAAUGGAAUCGUUUGUUUGUGGACAUAAGAUUGGAAUCACUUUUGUUACGUUUGUACAGAUAUGUUUUUUUUUUUUUUCGUUAGUACAUUUGUUAUAUGAAAAAGUUGAUGGAUUUUUUAUUUAAGUUUAAACAAGAUUUGAUUACAAGAUCUUUGAUUACAGAAUAGCUACUAUAUAAAACUUUAUAGCAGGUAAUGGAUGUUUAUUACAAGCUCACUUUCCAAUUUCUACUACUUAUGGAAGGUUUGUUGUUGAAGACUGAAAAGGGAAAAACAAUCGGUGAGCUACAAUCACACAUGUUCUACCAACCAUGGUUUUCUCAAGAGCAUCUUGAACGAGUGCCUCUGAUCUCAAAUCCAAAGCACUUGUGGCCUCAUCAAGAAGUAAAAUAGCUGGAUUUUUCAAAAUUGCUCGAGCAAUCACGAUUCUUUGCUUCUGUCCACCUGAUAACUGCACCCCUCUUUCACCACAUUACCACCGAAGAUGUUACAAGUACCACCUAAUAAUUCGCAGUGAUGACACAUUCUUGUUCGAGUAAUUUUCAGUUUUCAUCUUUGUAAUUCUCAAUUUCAGGUGUUUAAUGUACUUUUUAUUGUUAAAAAACAAACUAUUUUAUGCUAAAGUUGAAGCAGUUAAAGUAAAUUAAAUAUUCGGUUAAUGUGAGAACAAUCCAUGUAUCUUGACAAUGUUUAUUAAAAGGAACAAUAAUAAAUUCUUAGUAAUAGUUGAAAUAAUAUACA